AUGGCGCGACGACGCGUGCCGGGACUCAAAUCGUUCCUUCGGGCGUUGUUGCGGCUGACGAACGGCGCGCUGCUCGCGGGCGGACUCGCGACGGCGUUGUUUGCGUUUCACUUGUGGUUGGGAUUUAACAAGCGGCGCGUCGGGCUGGACGGUUUGGAUUGGGACGACGGGCCGGACGCGCGGACGCCCGCGACGGUGGACGUGAGCGAGAACGCGACGGCGAUUGAACAGACGAAGGCGCGGGUGCAUAAUUUCUUUGAGACGGAACCGUGGUUCGUGUACUUUAUCGGGGGGAGCGGAGCGUUUUGCGCGGCGACGGCGUGGUUGGGAUUGGCGGGCGCGGAGAACGGGAACGCGUGUUGUUUGGGAAUGUACGCGCAUCAGGUGAUGUGGAUGGUGAUAUUGCAAGCUGGGUUGGCGGCGUACGUGUCGAGUGGUAAGGCGUACGCGUCGGCGCCGACGGAUGUGACGGGGGCGUACGCCAACGCGUGGUCCUUCAUGGAGGAGCACGAGAACGCGGUGACGUCGCUCGUCCUCGUCGUCUUCUUCGUGCAAAUUUUGAGCAUCAUAUUAGCGAUCGCUUUACGGCGAGCGGCGACCGAAAGCGGUGGUGUGGAUAGCGAUGACGAGGAAGAUAGCUACUACGAGGACACGUACGGGGAUCGCGAACGCGCGCCCCUCGUCGGGAGCUCGCGAGUAGAGAUGGAACGCGCGGGCGAUAGUGCUUGGCGCAUUAGGAUGCGCGAAAA